AUGUCAGACUACGAGGAAGAAGUGGAUGAAAAUCCUUUUGCGGACAUCGAUGAGUACAUAGAGAAUACAAAUGCUAUUGUAUCUCCGGUUGUUGGUGCUUCAACUUUCAAAGUGGAACAUGGUCUAAUCCUAAUGCUCAAAGCGGAGGGGUUUUUCAGGAAUUCCACUGAUGAUGAUCCAACACAACACCUUAGGAACUUCUUGGGAGUAUGUGCUAUGCAUAAGCAGAACAAUGUCUCAGAUGAUGCCCUAAGGUUGAGGGUGUUCAAGUACUCACUAGCUGGAGACGCAAGGAGGUGGCUCCAAAACUUGCCACCAAAUUCCAUCCGUUCUUGGCCUGAACUUGUCCGAGCAUUUUUAGCUAAAUGGUUCCCACAGAGCAAGAAAUCUGAACUUGGGGAUAAAAUUUUCUUCUUCAAGCAACAGCCGGGGGAACAUCUACAUGAGGCAUGGGAUCGAUUCAAAUUAUAUUUGGUGAGGUCUCCCAAUCAUGGUUUUCUGAACUCUAUUUUGUUGGAGAAAUUUUACAUAGGUUUGGAUCUUAUGAACCAAUCUAUAGCGCAGAAUGCAGCUGACGGAUCUUUUAUGGACAAAUCAUUCGCAAGGGUCACACAAGUACUUGACAAAAUGGCAAAACAUAAUCAAGCUUGGCACUCUGAGGAUACCACAGGUGGAAUUGCAUAUGGUUCGCCUUCCUUGACCAACCUGAUUAAGGAGAAUCAAGAGAGAGAUCAAAUAAUCGCAGGGCUUGCCACAAAUGUCAAUGUGUUGACAAAAAUGUUCACGGAAAGCCAAACAAAGAAGGUGAAUGUGGUGGAGGAUGUGCAACCCACAUCAAAUGAAGAUUUUGAGGAAGCAAACUACAUCAACAACUCUCAAGGAGGGUAUCAAAGGCAACAAUACCAAGGUCAAGGACAACAAAAUCAAUGGAGGCCUAACCCGCAAGGGCAAGGUUCAUCGAGUGAUUCCAAGUUGGAAAGCAUGCUUGAACGGGUAUUACAAAAUCAAGAGAAGUCCGACACGUCUAUGAGGAAUAUGACCGAGCUUGUUGGCUCUCAUACUGAAUCCAUUCAAAAAUUGGAAAUGCAAAUGAGAGACCUCUCAAGGGAACAAAAUCCGAAGCAAAAAGGGACACUUCCAAGUGACACAAUUGCGAACCCAAAGGGUAGGGGGAGUGGUCCAACUUCUCACAUCAUGGCAAUUACUACUCGGAGUGGGAAGGUACUACAAGGAGAGAGUGAACAAGUGAUUGAAGUAGAUGAGUCCUAA